AUGGGUGUCUUGGUGUUCAUCAGUUUCAAUUUUCCAUGUCGCCCAAAAUCGUUUUUUGGAGCCUCCGGUUUCCUUGGUUCUCAUAUCGUCGAACAGCUGCUAUCGCGGGGAUAUCGGGUUCGAGUAUCCGCACGGGGCAAGAAAGCGGCGAUUUUAAGGACAGCUUACAGCGGGAACGCCGCCGUUGAAGUCUUCGAAAUCUCAGACAUCAUACAUGACCAAUUUCCCGAGGCGUUGCAAGGCGUGGACGCUGUCAUUCACGCAGCGUCGCCCCUUCCAGGCAGAAUGGAACCUGAACAGAUGUUGAAUACGGCGAUUGAGGGUUCUCUGAAUGUCUUGCGCCAAGCUGAAAAGGCUGGUGUCAAGCGGUUUGUGGUGACCAGCUCCAUCGCCACGUUAGCGGGAAAUCCCAACGGAACUUUCAAAGACACAGAUUGGAAUCCUGUCACGAAGGAAUUUGCCAUCAACGCUGGUAAAGAUGAAGCCACCUACGCAGCCUCCAAGAAAUUUGCCGAGCUCGCAGUCUGGGAAUGGGCAGAGGCACACCCACAUGUCGAAGUGACAACUAUUAACCCUCCGUUCCUCUACGGCCCCUUCACUACAAACUUUCCCAUUCCAGCCACACCUGACUUUGACGCUCUCUCAACAAAUCUGACCAUUUACAACGUCAUCACGACCGAGGGGAAAUUUCCCCCUAGACCGGGUCACGCGGACGUUCGCGACGUCGCUCUAGCUCACGUUACCGCGCUCGACUCACCCCCCACGUCGGAGGUGGGGCGCAAACGCGUCAUUUUCGCGUCUCCGUACGACUUCAACUUCAAGAACGCUGUCGAGCUCUUACGUGAGAAGCGACCACAGCUGAAGGACAGGCUGAUCACGCAGGUUCCGCCUGAGUUUCCGGCGUAUAGGUAUCCUGUGGAUUUUGAGAGGAUAGAGAGGGUGACUGGGUUGAAGAAAGGGGAUUUCCAUACGUUUGAAGAGACUUUAUUGCAUACUGUUGAUAGCCUGCUGGAUGUCGAGGCAGGCUGGAAGAACAAAGGACAUAAUGUCGGCGAUAUUCCUACGUUUAGUGGCCUCUAG